CGAACUGACUAAAUAGCGUGGGCUAUUGCAACCAUAUUUACACAACCAUACAAGAAACUCCAUCAUAUUCAUGUAUGCAUCUUUCACUAUUCAUCUCAAAAUGGGAAAGGCCUGGAUUCUGGCUGCAGCUCUCCUCCAAGCCAUUGCCAUUGAAGCUGCCGUGAGUGUUGGUGGUGGUGGUGGUGGUUUUGGUGUUGGAGUGGGAGUUGGAAUAGGUGGUGGGGGUGGGGGUGGGGGGGUGUGGAUUGGGGGUGGAGGGGUUGGUAGUCCAAGCCCAUCUGGGAGUGGUGGCUCAGAAUCAAAGCUCCAGAAAGCUUACACUGCUCUCCAAGCAUGGAAAUCUGCAAUCUCAAAUGACCCAUUGGGGAUUUUGAGCUCCUGGGUUGGCUCAAAUGUGUGCAACUACAAAGGGGUUUUCUGCUCAUCAUCUUCUCAAGAAGAAGAGGCAGUUGUGGCAGGUAUAGAUCUCAACCAUGCAAAUCUUCAAGGCAUUCUUGUAAAGGAGCUGUCUUUGUUAACAGACCUCUCUCUUCUCCACCUCAACACCAAUAGGUUUUCAGGGACAAUCCCAGAAACCUUGAGAGACCUCACAUCACUCACUGAGCUUGACCUCAGUAACAACCAAUUCUCAGGUCCUUUUCCCACAACUGUUCUUUUCAUCCCAAAUCUCCUCUACUUAGACCUCAGAUUCAAUGCCUUCUCUGGGCCCAUCCCUAAUGACCUCUUCAACAAGAACCUUGAUGCAAUUUUCCUCAACAACAAUCAGUUCAGUGGGGAAUUGCCUCAGAAUCUGGGGAAUUCUCCAGCUUCUGUAAUAAAUCUGGCUAACAACAAGCUCUCUGGGGAGAUCCCCUUCAGUUUGGGGUACAUGGGUUCAAGAGCCAAGGAAAUCUUGUUCCUCAAUAACCAGCUAACAGGCUGCAUCCCUGAAGGGAUUGGGAUGUGGGCAGAUUUGCAGGUUCUUGAUGUGAGCCACAAUUCUUUGAUGGGUCAUUUGCCUGACUCCAUUUCUUGCUUGGGUGACAUUGAAGUCCUCAACUUGGCACACAACAAGCUCACUGGGGAAUUAGCAGACCUGGUUUGCUCACUCAGGAGUCUCGUGAAUUUGACAUUGGCUUACAAUUUCUUCUCCGGGUUGAGCCAAGAAUGCAACCACCUCUCUUUAAGGAAUGUGGGGUUUGAUUUCUCCCUCAACUGCAUUCCGGGAAAGCAGAUGCAAAGGCCCCAACCAGAUUGCUCUAUCGUCCCAGGUGGUAGCCUCAGUUGUCUUAGAAUUCCUGCAGUUAAGCCUAUUGUUUGUGGAACAUUGCUUGGUGAUCAGGAGACUAGUAAUCAAAGCCCUCCUUCUCAUUGAUUUGGGUCAAGGAGAAAGGUGGAAAAUUCUACUGUUAGACUCGCAGUUUCAAGACAAUUGAGAUUGUUCAACCUAAAUUCAGGUUAGUUUAACCUUAGAAUUUUCUUGUUGUAAUACAGGUUAGUACUGGCUAACUCUCAUUGCAACUUGGAGAGUUGUUAUACCUUGAGCAUUGUAGCAUUCUUGGCCUAUUUCUUCAAGACUAAUGCAUAUAGAUAUGUAAGUUUAUGAUCUGUCAAACAUGCCAAAACAGAAUGCCAACAUCUACCUUGUA